AUCGCGCGCUCGUUUCUCUCUCUCUCCCUCUCUCUCCCGUCAACGGCUCCUGCGCUGACGCCGGCGCUCGCGCCGCUCGUCCCCGCUCUCCCCUUUUGCUCUGAGCGAGUCCCUAACAACGGGCUGGGGAGGUGGCCGCGCAUGCGCAGCUGGUUGCCGCCUGCUUGCCUGUGUGUGGCCCGAGUAGCGGGCCGCUGCGUGAGGGAGCACGGAGCAGCAUGGAGCCGGGCGAGGAGGAGGGGACGGAACGGCCGGGCCAGGCUCCUCCUAUUGCUACAACACCACCACACUGUGGAUGGAAGGAAGAGUUGUUAAGCCAAAGCAGCAGUGGGACCCAGAUUUCAACUGCCAGUGGGAUCUCCUUGGGAGAAGCAAUCCGACAGAGAUCUGCCGUUAAUCAGGGAAUGGAGUCGUGGUAUCAGCUUCCAGUAGAAAUGGAUGUCAGCCAUCUAGCGGCAACAUCAGGGAUGAGGUUGGGCCUGACUGGUGGUGGAAAUGACUUGACAGAGUUCCCUACUCUGGAGGAAGGCUUGUUGACUCCGACAGAAGAGCUUGGAAGGCAGCAUACAGGCGACAUGGCACACACUCCGCUAUUGGAAAUUCAGGACAGUCGCUUCUCUCCCUGUCUCCCACUACUGAUGACAUAUUCAGUGCAAGGUCAGAAGUUUUUGGAUGAUACCCUGUUUCAGCAAACUGAGCUGGAUUUUGCUCCUCUAAGGGGAACCUCUGAUGUUUCUGAUGCUUCUGAGCAGCAUUCAAAGCCUUUGCAGAUCAGUGAAGCUGUGCAGCUGGCAGCCACUGAAAUACCUUCAGACUUAGUCAGUGGCUGCUUGACCCUGUCCGAGCAUCCACUUGCAGUCAGCACUGUAGAACCUUGUGAUGUCAGCUGCACCAGCUAUUUGUCUCAGCACCCCAUUUGUCUUUCUGGACAGAUACCUGUGGAGAGGAAGGAGAAGGCUGAAGAUCAAAAUUGUAAACUUGGUAUUAACAAGUCUUUCAUCCCCAAUAGAGAUGAAAAUUUAACAGACCCAAAUAGAAAAAUGCUGCUAAACGAGCCAGAAACAGUACAGCCUCCAGAAGUAUUUGCUGCAAAGGAAGCCACUAGUGGUUUUGUAAAUAAUAACUUCUUUUUAGACAGCAAUGUGCCAGCUCCUCUCCUCCUUGAGCUUCUGGAAAAAGAAGUAGGAUUAUCGAGCCAUGGUGGGUUCUCAUCUUCAGAAAGCUCUUCAUGCAAGAGCAUAUCGGCUAGGGACCCAGGGAAAAACAAAACAAUGCAGCGAGUAGGAAAUAUUGAGCUUUCUGACAGGGAGUCAAAAGUGUUUGUAAGAGAAUCACAUCAGAAGCUGGAAGAAGAAAAGUGUGUUCCUGAGCUUGACUCCUCCAGUAUGUUUUCUGAUGUUUUGAGGAGAGAACCUUUUAAAAAUUCCAAUGCCCCAGAUGUGUUUUCUGCAAAGCCUUCAGAAAUGUUCAUGUUGUCCAAGGGACAUAGUUCAGAUCUGAAUGACUCUGGCAGAUUGUGGUUCUCUGGUGUUACUAUGGAGCCCCUGGGAACCAUUCUAGAUGAGCAGCAAAAACAACUGUUUUCUAAAAUGUCUGGGAAACAGGAAGAGGAGCCUCUCUCUGCUAUGUCCAAAACUAGUGUCAAGAACAGCGCAUCUGACCAGCCAGUCACAGCUAGUGUAGAAUCUGGUGGAACAUGCAGUGAGAAGAAUACUGUUGUGGAAAUCCCGUCUGGAAUUAACAGAAGUGAAUUAACUCUUUCAGACUUCACCAUAGAAAGGGGACAUAAAAAUACAGGCAUUUCACCUUUAUUUAAUCUUCCUGUAGAUGAUGGUUCAUUCUUUGGACAUUUAGCUCAACCAAUCUAUCAGUCCACCCCGGGGAUAUUUGUAAGCAGAAGUGAGAAGCAGGAAGUACCUGGUAAGCCCCUUCCUAUCAAAUCAAAUCUUCAGGCUUCUCUUAUUUGUUUAAAUGAAGAAACUUCUAGGAACUCAUCUACAAAUACACUUGUUUCUUCUGCUGAGAAGCAUCAUGCAUUCCAGAGUGGACAGGAAAUAAACAGUGAAAGUUGUGAGUCCUUAAGAACAGUGUAUCCUCGUACUGGAAGAAUCCAGUCUCUCCCUACCCUUAAUUUCAUGGAAAAGGUAGGAGCUUGGAACGUGAACCAGCCAAUGGAGAAGAUACCUGAUGCUUUGGCUUUAUGUGGCUUGAGUGGAGUUUCUCCAAGGAAGAAAGCCUACAGUGCAAUUGUUGAUUCCUUAAAUCAUAUUUUAUCAAAGCAGAGCAGCAGCAGUGGUAACCUCAAGAGUGGUUUAGCCGCACCCUUUGGCGGGACGGGUUCAAUGACCAGUUUGCAUUCCUGUGAUAAGUCAGCACAUGCUUCACCACUUAUCAGGUCUCAGUCUGACAACUCAGUACAUGUUAUCAGCAGAGAGGCUUCACAGAUUGAAGUUGUUCAAGCAACAAACCCAGAUGAAGUUGUUCAGCCUACAGAAGACAAGAGCAGAGUUUCUGGAAUGCCUGAAAUUAGAGAAAGUGGUGCUCAGUUAGGAGACUCCACAACCCCACAGUUUACAGCUGUUCUUGUCACUACUGGGUCCGGUGGUGGUGGUGAUGACGACAAUAAUAGCAUAGGACAAAAUUCAGAUCAAAAUGUCUUCAUUUCCAGUGAAAGGGUUGCUCAACUUCUCAGAGAGGAGGAAUGCUAUCCAAGUGGUGAGCAAGAGAAACACAAUGGUCUUGAAAAUAAUACCAGACAGUCACAUGGUCCAGAACUCUCUACUAGCCAGAUUGGUAUGGAUCAUUUCAAUGACAUUUCUCCAGAUAGUUUAAACCUCCUGGCUAGUUCACAGGCAAGUAGCCAUGUUGACUUGACCUCUGCAAGCUCUUCUUCAGUAGUUGCCAGGGAUUUUUUCACCAGUUUAGAAGGGGAUAACGUCAUUCCUUUCUUGGCUCCUACUUUGAAAACUCCAGAUAAAAAAGACAUAAAUAUUGAAGAAAGAAUACCGAUGUAUCUUCGUAAUCUUGGCAUUGAUCAGUCACCUUCAGCUAUACUGACUCCAUUUGUACCCAGAGGACCAAUCAGGGAGGUUGAAUUUUCCCCAUCAGAGCUCAGAACAUUGAAGGAAUCCACUGACACCUUAACAAAGCAUGUCCAGCUAUCUGAAGGUUCUCUGUCUGCAUUUGACGUUACUCAGAUAAGCUUUAACUCUGGUGCUUCCACGCUCGGCAUGUCUAUACCAAUGGGUUCAGAAGCGGGCCCUGAUACUCCAUUACCCACUGAGCUCUCACUUCAGUUCUCAAGAUCUUCCAAAGACAAACCACUGAGUCAAUGCAGUAUUGCCUACCAUCAACUGGAGCUACCUGCCGCACACUCCACCAAAGGCGGCUCAGAAUCUUCUGCUGUUUCAAAAUCUGUUGAACUGAGCCAGAUACUUCAUACAGUUCCAGCUGGCUCUGACUUUGAAGAGGGUCACACUCUUGUUUCAAAACGUGUUCAAAAGCUGAUAGAUAAAUUUGAGUCUAGGGAUAUUGGCCUCAGCCUAGAGAAGUUGUCCGCUAGUCCUUUGGCUGGAGAUGCAGAUGAAAUGGAUGUCGGUGGAGAACCACUGUCUUCAAAUGUAGAUGCCUCAGUUAAUGAUUUAAAUAAGGAUCAAGGAAAUGAUUCCUUCAUUGAAUCCAACACAUUGAAAGAGAUCCAGAAACUUUUAGCAGAGGCAGAAAAUAUAGCUUUGACUCAGUUUGAUCCUGUCCCUUCUGUUGCCCCUUUCCAAGAAGUCGGCGACUUUUCAUCAGUGCCAAUUGAAAAGGAUGGUUCUGAAGAUUCCAGAUUAGCAAAGGAGAUCAGUCCAGCACUUCAGAGAAUAUUAUCGUGGGAUGAGUCCUUGACCAGAAGAAGCAUGCAAGAAGAUAGUUCACUAAUGAAGACCCUGAAUCCCCACAGGCGCAGUUUAAAAUGGGAAAGCUCUCUUGCUAUUGAUUUACCCACCAAGGAAGAAAUUGUGGAAGAGACGACUAAACCAACACAGCAGGGAGCUAUGGAAGCUUGUGGCGUAGCAAAAUCCAUAGGGAGGUCAGAACCGGAGGGUUGCAGUAGUGCAACAGUAGAUAAAAACUUGCCUGCUCUCAUGGCUCUUACAAAGAGUAGUACAAGUAGUAAAUCAAGCAUUGAAAGGGUUUUAGAACUGCGGAAUCCUUCUGCCACGGAGCCCUUAGGCAGCAUCACCAGUGACCUUGGGGAUUUUCAGCAUGCCUUGGCUAAAACUAAAACCAAUGUGGCUGGCAGCGAAGAGGGAGAUGGCAUUCGAGAGAGCGAUGAUAGUAGCAGUGUAGAUUCACUAGCUGCCCGUGUCAAAAGUCUUCUGAAAAAUGAAUCUCCUGUGCUACAUGCAACACAAAUACUAAAAAGUGCGGAGAAAGAGGAGAGAAAAGCUCGUGCAUGGGUGAAGCUGAAGCUGACUAGCCAGCCUCAGGGUUCUGUGUCAGAUCUGAAUGAAGAGGACAGGCAGAGAAUAGACGAGAUCAAGACAGAGCUGCUUCUGAGUGCCAGGAAGUCUGUGUUAGCCAAGGAUCCAUGGGGAAACAAUUCAGAGGCUAUAAUGAGUCACAGCCAUAGUCGGAGGCAGAACACAGGACACUUCAAAUCUCCAGCUGGCAAACAGUUGCAAAUUGACAGCCAGACACAAGAUUUCAAACUUAAUGAGUCUCCAGAGUCAAACACAAGACCGGUCACACCAAUAUAUAGAAGUGACCCUGCUGAUUAUUCACCACUAGAUGAUGCACAGUUUAAAGCUUUGAAUACCAUCCAAAAACAUAUCUACCAUCAGCUGCAGACGCUCAGACCUAAUCCCUUUGAUGCUAGCAUUGAGCUCCACACACCCUUGUGUAAAGAUAUGGAUAAAUUUUCAUUGGGAUUGGUGGAUGGCUCCUGUGCACCAAAAGAAGAGGAUGUGAUUCUUUCAUCUCAGAAGAGGCAGUCUACAGAAAAGCCUUCUGUAGAAGUUGCGAAGCAGAUUACUUCCAUCACUUUUGCAUCCUGUAAACGAUCCCAGUCUCCAUUAGCUUCCACUGUCCCUAGUGGCAGUCUCAGUGAAGAUACUCUUCAUGGUAUAAUGCCUUUUGAAAUUGUAUCUGUUAGUGCUAAAGACCAGAGACCUGGCAAGCAACAAGUGGAAAGUUCUAAAUCAUGUCCUUCGUCAAGCCCAACAGCCACUCACUCACAUGAUAAUGAUUUUAAGUUUAGUGCAGAUAAAGACAGGUUUCAACAUGUGCCCAUUGCUGUUGGCAAACUUGGAACUUCUCGAGAAAAAGAAAUUUUAUCAGGUCAAGGUUCUAUAACCACAUACACUGACCAAGGACUGACCCUAGUUGCAGAUAGUGUUGAGGAAGCUGAAUCUUCCACUCACGAUACUCUUGGGUUUGGCAGACAUAGUUCCAAAUUUUCUGGGGUUGAUCGUGAUAUGAAAUUUGAUCAAGAAGUAAAUAUGUUUUAUCAACCUCUUUCCAUGAGUCCUCAUCAGCAGGGAAAGAUGAAUCUCUACAACCAGGUACCCUUUGCAGAUAGCUCAGAAGGUCCAGUUCAUAGCCUACAAAACCUUUUGCUUAAAGACCAUGGUAAUUCGUUGGAAAAGGAUAAACUUUCUUCUGAUAUGUUCUCCGUCAGCCAGACAAAUGUUGAGACCGGACAUGCCAAUGUGACACAUUGUCCUUCCCCAGAUAAAACUUUAACCGCCAUGCCUGAAUCUCCUUCAUCUCCAACCAGGAAAGCACUGUCUUGUGUCCACAUAACUCUCUCCCCAAAACUUAAUUCAGAACUGGUCAGUAUAUUGGAUGCUGAAGCUGAAACAAGAUCUAAUGACAGACUUAAGACUGUUGCUCAACAAAUGCUUUCAAGCUCUCCCCCCAAAAUUUUGUUAGAAUCUGCCUCUAAAUUAUUAACUACUGAAUCUAUCCCAAAGGAUCAAAGUUCUUCACACUUCCCAAAACCAAUAUCUUCACAAGAUUUAAGAUAUAUGCCUCUGGAAAGUAGCCAGAGGGUACCAUUCUCAAGUCAGGCUCACACCAGAGUUUUGGAUUCAUGUGGACAUAAUCUGCAGGAUAAUUUCAAGAUCACAGUUUCUGCACAAACUGGAAAGGCAACAUCUGAUGCCAUAACUCAGAUAACAACAGAAAGUCCUGAAAAGACAACAUUUUCAGCAGAGAUAUAUAUGAGCAAUGAAGAUGGUGAAACCAGUUCCUUUGGGUCCUCUCACCAAAGGGCAUGUGAAAUCGCUAACCUAGCUACUUCAUCUCUGAACCACAUUUCGCCUUCCCACAGGCCAGCUGAUCAGCCUCUGUUGUUGCCAUAUAAGCCUUCUGGAAGUUCCGAGAUGUAUUAUGUUCCCCAUCCGAUGAAAGGACCCAAAAUAUCUCCUGUCAGGUCAGAGACCACUAUUGAGAGCUCUCACUCAGGAUCAAAUGAUGCUAUUCCUCCAAAUUUUCCAGCAAAGGUACUUGGCUCCAUGGAUGAGAAUCCUCUAGACAUUGUAGCUAUUAAACAUAAAGAGGGUGUCUACAGUAAGAGAUCUGAGCCUAAGGUAGCCUGGGCAAAAGAAAAAAAGACAUCACUGGAAGCUACUACAGAGUCUGUGAAUCAUUUGGAAUCUGUAAAAACAACUCAUUCAGUUUUCAAGACAGCCCAGUUUUACCUUCACCAUCCAGUGCCCCUGCAACAUGAGAGUUACUUCCUCUCUAAUGAUGAGCCUUCAGAGGAGUGCACUGAUAUUGGACACACAGGACCUUCUUCAAGAGAUUUCUUCCAAAACUGGAGAGCUGCCAAGAAAGAUCAACACUCAUCCUCUGUUUAUCCUCAAGAGGGUGAGGAGGAUGAAUUCUCCCCACUAACUGCAGAAAUGGAUUAUAGCAAGGUUGAGGACUUGAGAUUCAAUGCAUUUUUGGGGAAAGAAGCUUCAGGGAAAGAGCUUGUACAAGAGGACCAAAAGAAGGUCAGAGAUUAUCUGCUAUCAAGCAGCCAAAGGACUGACUUAAGCAGGAGACAGAAGAUGGAUCUGCCACUAAAACAGAGUACCUAUUCCACUGGCAGUUUGGAUGAGCUUUGGACUAAGUUUUUAGAGCGUCAAAAGAAGCACCACCUUCAUAAUCUUAAGAUCAGCAAUGAGCUGUCCCUAGUGGAACGCCUUGAUCGACUGGCCCGAGUCCUCCAGAAUCCUGUUAGGCAUUCACUAAUGCCUACAGAGAAUGGCAAGAGCAAUAUUGGAGAGAAAACUAGGGGAAGAGAGCAGAAGAAAAUAAGACAUCAGGACAAGAAGGUAUAUGAAAGUAACCUAGACUCUUAUAGAAAUGUACUGAACGCUGAAGAAAGAUCAGAUACCAGUUAUGAUGAAAAAAGACGAGUUGAGUCUAGACAACAAAGGGCAGGAGAGAGAACUAUCAAUCACAUGAAGAGAUUCUUGAAACAAAAAUAUUUAGACCCUCUGAGUGACACCUCUUUAGAGACUAUGCCUACUAAAGACCACGUUGUGGUGACAGAUUCUUCUGCCUCUGAAUCAGACAUGGUGACCCAAACAGAGAUGGAAACAACUUCUCAGACUGAGGUGAGCAGUUCCAUUUCCACCAUUGACACUGCCAGGCUGAUCAGGGCUUUUGGGCAUGAAAGAGUACGCUUGUCACCAAGACUGUCCAAACUGUAUUGCACCAUCAGUCAGCAGAAAAGUCGCUCUGAAAAGUGGGACAAGGGAAGAAGUAAAGUAGUGGGCUUGAAAUAUCCUAACAUGACUUCUGCUGAGCGACAUAAAAAAAGAAGAGAUACUCAGGCACCCCUCAAAGCUAUAUCUGGCGCCAGCUGCAAAACCAAGAUGUCAGACUCUGUUAUUUCAUCAGAUUCUGUUGCUACAAUCAACGGUUCCUGUGGACCAAGUUCUGCCCUCGGUAACAAGCGACACAUACGGAUGUUAAACAAGGGCAUCCAAGCAGGAGAUUUGGAGAUUGUGAACAGUGCAACUAAGAAAAACACUCGAGAUGUUGGAGUUUCCUGGUUUGUUCCUCCUGAGGAUUUAAAGUCCGACUCUAGGAAGGAGAACAAAUCUAGCUCCUUUUCUGGUCCAGGUCCAUCCUGGUUUGAGCCACUGACCAACACAAAGCCAUGGAGAGAUCCACUCCGAGAGAGGAACUGGCAAAAGCAGCAAGGCAGCAUCAAGAUUCAACCGGUAGUCCCAGUAAGAGAUGUUGAGAACAAGCCCCCAAGACUGUUUGUGAAAAUGACGUUGCAGGAGGCUCUUGCAUUGCACCGCCCUGAUUUCAUCUCCCGCUCUGGGGAGCGUGUGAAGCGCCUGAAGCUCAUCAUGGAAGAAAGGAAGCUACAGAGUGUGUUGCAGAGUGAGCGAGAGGAGCUGUUCAAUCCCCCUGAGAAGAAGGAUUAUAAGAAUGCUAGUUACCUGCUCUAUAACAGAGACUGCCCGGUUAAACAGAAGAGAAGGACCAUUCUAAAAGGUGAAAUGGUUCAGAGAUCAAAACGAGGUAAUGCUGCUAGUGAAGUUUUUAGAAAUGUUGGGCGUCUGGGAGCAGCCACAAACAGAGUAGGAAAACAGGGACAAAAGAGAAGAAUCUAUGAACAGCUGCCUGAGGUGCAGAAGAGGCGAGAGGAAGAGAAAAGAAAAUCUGAAUAUACUUCAUACCGACUGAAAGCACAACUUUACAAAACGCGGCUAAUUGUCCUGCAGCCUGCUUUCCUACCGGUGUGUUCCCCCUGACACACCCCGUCAGCCACAAUGCUGCAUAUAUGCUCUUUAGAGACCUGUGCCUGGCGGGCAUAGAGCAGAAGAUCAGUGGAUUAAAUACUGGCCCUACUGAAGUCAACAGUAAAACUCGUACUGGGAAGGGGCUUUCCACACCAGCUAGUUGGAAAGUGCUGGCUGGAACUACUGUAGUGAAAGACGGAAGAGGACCAGGACGGAGGCAGCAGGCCCUGGAUUUCAGGGAAGAAACGGUUGGGUCCAGUAAGGAGCUGAGGCCAUGUGCUAUUAUACACACUGGAAAAUCCUCAUAUAGAACUAAUCAUGCAAUCACCUCUCCAGUUGUGGACUGCUACUUCCCCACAUCCCGGACGGUAGGAUAGGGACCCACAGAGUUGUAAGGAGUGCUCAGCGUGAGCAUGCUGAACAGGUUCUGCUGAGCCGCUGUAAGUUGGAAAAGUGCAAUUCCUUAAUGCAACAUUUGAGAAUCAAGCUGGUUUCCUUUCUCCUCAUACAUCACCAGAACCAGCUGCUAAAGGACCAAAGUGGUGCUGGAGAUGUGCUGAGGGCCAAGGAAGUGGCAGCCUGUGUCAAAGUGGGGGUGUGAGGCGUAUCUUUCUAAUAUCCCUGCCUAAAAAUCGCCUCCUGCGUGAUUACAAAGAGCAGCAGAGAAGUGGAGAGUGAAUGACAUGGAGGACUUGGGAGGUUGUUAGGUCCAUCACUGAGUCUGUUGUGGAGAAGCAUUAGUGCCAAGGGAGUGCUUCCCCUUUCUGUGUGCAACAUUUGUUGUUAAUCCCUCUUUCCGCUGCCCAUGUGCUACUGUUGGCUCAUGCAUGGAUAUGUGAAUCUGCACCAUAGCUGCCUGGCAGCGUGAUCCCGCUGCAGAAUGUACUCAGUGGCAGUAGUUUUUGUAGGUUUAUAUCAGUACUGAUGUCACCCAGUGCUUAAAGCCAAGAGGUUAAUGGGACAUGGAGGUAGAGGGCUUGGUUCUCAUUUAUACAAAGGCCCUUUAUGCUGCUCUGGCUUUUGUGGGCCUGGUGCAAAACAUAGUUGUGGGCCCCCCUGGGAGCAAUGGAGCAUGGCGCAGGGAGAUUGGUC